UUUGUGUUGUCUUCACUUUCCGGCACUCUGUAAUCCGUAUUCUAUAUUACCUAUAUUAAUUAGUAGUCUCCACUCUCCAUCAAAUCACGUUUUUCGGCUGCCGCAUUCGAUUUGGAAAUUAUCUUUUAACUUGUUCAUUGUAUUGUAUAGAUCGUGAUUCGUUUAAUACAGAUAUGGCUAACAGUAAAAGUGCUGAAACCGCCGAUAUAUUCCCAGAAUUGGACGUUGAUCAGUUGGAAGUAAAUGUAAUCGAGAGUUUGUGUUUAAAUUGUGGAAAUAAUGGCACCACACGACUCUUGUUGACACGCAUUCCAUUCUACAAAGAACUGGUGAUAUCAUCGUUUGAUUGUCCACACUGUCAUUUUAAAAAUAACCAGUUGGACCCAGCAAUCGAAAUUAAGCCACAAGGUGUUCGAAUGUCUUUAAAGAUUGAAAACAAGGAAGAUUUGGAUAGAUAUGUUAUAACAACAGACUACACAAGUAUACAAGUGUUAGAUUUAGACUUUGAAAUACCACCAAUGUCACAACGGUCACAAGUAACUACUGUUGAAGGUAUACUUACUAAGACGAUUACAAAUUUAAGUGAACAAAAAAAAGUUAUUGAUCUAACACACCCUGAAUUAGCGUCAAAGAUGGAAGUUGUAAUUAAUGGACUGAUUGGUAUCAAAAAUCUAACCAAACCCAUUCCAAUGAUGGUUUUUGAAGAUGCAACUGGCAAUAUAUUUGUUUCAAAUCCUGUUGCACCUUUAGUUGAUCCUAGAAUGCAAACAGAAAUGUUUACUCGUGACAGUGCCCAAGAUGAAAUGAUAGGAUUAGCAGCAGAAAACAACGCAGAGUCAAUUAUCAAACCAUUAGGCACUUUUAAUGAAUCAUCUGUUAAUAAUACGUGUGAUGAAAUCGUUCAAUUUAGUAACCCGUGUCCAAAUUGUCAAUCAAUUUGUGAAACUAAUAUGAAAGUGACAGAUAUUCCAUACUUCAAACAAGUAGUAAUCAUGGCUACUACAUGCGAAGAAUGUGGUUAUCGUACUAACGAGGUUAAACCAGGUGGUGGAGUUGAAAAGCAAGGUAUAAAAAUUACUGUUGAAGUAUCGUCUCCAGAAGAUUUAAACAGAGAUAUAUUGAAGUCCGAAACAUGUUGUCUUAGUAUUCCACAAUUGGAUUUUGAAGCUGGUGCACUUUCACUAAGUGGUCGAUUUACUACUAUUGAAGGUCUCAUAACAUCAUUAUAUGAACAAUUGAAAGAUACUGCUACAGCAUUUUAUUCUGGCGACAGUCAAUCUGAAGGCGUUGUUGCCAAAACAAAGAUUUUUUUAGAAAAAUUAAAUAACAUAAAAACUUGUAAAAUGCCAGUAGAUAUUAUACUCACUGAUCCAGCUGGAAAUAGUUAUGUCCAGAGCUUAACACCUCCAGAUUUGGAUCCAAAACUUAAAAUCACUCGGUUUGAUAGAACUGAUGAACAGAAUGAAGAGCUAGGAUUAAACGAUAUGAAAGUAGAUAGUUAUGAAUAAAUAUAAAUAUUCAAAAUAAUAUUUGAUUAAAUAAAUACAAUUAAGUUUUAUUAUAGUGAAAAUGU